AUGGCGGAAGCAAACCCUCCUUCCGAGAUACAGAUCAACGUGAAAGGUCCCUCCGAGCUCAAACUUCAAAUUACCAUUUCCACCGAUAAGACCGUCGGCGAUCUCAAGCAGGCCAUUGCGCACAAGUCUGAUGUCGAGGCUGACAGGCAACGACUGAUCUACUCUGGGCGCGUCCUCAAGGAUGAGGACGUGUUGUCAACCUACAAGAUCCAGAGCGGCCACACCAUACACAUGGUGAAAGGAGCGGCCCGAAGUGCUGGAGGUACUUCAGCUUCGACGUCUACAGGCGCAGCGCCUACACCCGCGCCGCUUCCGACGAUGCAAGCUGGUCAGAACGUGCACGAUCCUCUCACGCAGCUGAAUGGUCAUCUUGGAUUUGGCAAUAUGGCGGUAGCUGGGUUGAAUCCGUUCGCCGACAUGGGCCUCAAUCCAAACGAUCCGAACAUGAUUCAAACCAUGAUGAAUUCGCCGCAAUUUCUUCAGCAAAUGAGCUCUGUCAUGUCCAACCCACAAGUCAUCGAUCAAAUCAUUGCCAUGAACCCGCAACUUGCGGCGAUGGGACCGCAAGUUCGCGCCAUGUUCCAAAACGAGCGGUUCCGCCAGUUGAUGUCGAAUCCUGAAUCCCUGCGGGCCGUCAUGCAAAUGUCGCAACUGAUGCAGGACAGUGGUGUGGCGCCUCCCGGCGCUGGUUCGCCGUUUGGCGGAUUGGGUGGCGGCAUGUUCGGUGCCGGUGCUAGCAGUUUCCCCGCGCCAGGUGUACCGAACGCUGGCGCCGCGCCCGCUGCUGGGACCGAGACUCAAGCAGGGUCAACCGCCUUUAGCACCACGCCUGCUCCCGGCGGCACAUCCUCAACGAGCCCUGCAUCAUCUGCCGCUCCUGGUUCUCCUCCUGUCAAUCCGUUCGCUGCACUAGGAGGAGGUGCCGGUGCCGGAGGCCUGUUCAAUCCCGAAAUGUUGCAACAGAUGCAAACAUUGUUCGGCGCUGGAGGUGGUGCCGGCGGCUUGGGCGGCUUGGGCGGUCUCGGGGCCGGUGGGCUGGGAAGCUGGGGAGCGGGCCUAGGGGCCGGUGCACCUCCAGCCCCUGCAGAUGCGCGACCGCCAGAGGAGCGUUUCCAGGUGCAACUGCAGCAACUUCAGGACAUGGGAUUCACCAACGCUGCCCAGAACGUGCGCGCUCUGCUCGCUACCGGCGGCAAUGUCCACGCAGCGAUAGAGUACAUUCUCAAUGGAGGUGGUCUCUGAGCUUUGCAAUGUGGACCCCUCCGGGGAUAGUGUCAAUCCUAGUUGCGAGAAUGAAGCUAUUUGUGUUGUAGGACAGGAAGGAGACUAUUAACGUGGUGGUGCUGACAAUGGGGCUGAAAAUAUAGUAUCAUCCUUGCAUCC